AAGGUGCUGUACAAGAAGGGUGACCGGUCCAACUGUAACAACUACAGGGGGAUUUCGCUACUAUCUCACGUAGGCAAGGUCCCCAUCAAGAUCAUCACCAACCGUCUAAGCGCCUUCUGCGAAGCCAACAACAUCCUCCCGGAGGAACAGUGCGGAUUUCGACCCGGGCGAUCCACCGUCGACAUGCUGUUCGUCGUGCGCCGCCUCCAGGAGCUGGGGCGGAGAAAGAAAAUACCGCUCUACAUGUGCUUCGUCGACUUGAACAAGGCGUAUGAUUCGGUGGACCGAGAGAUGCUAUGGAAGGUGCUGGCCAGGGCCGGGAUUCCCGCGAAGCUGAUCGAAGUCAUUCGCCAAUUCCACGAUGGAAUGCGGGCCCGGGUGCGCAUGGACGACGGAGAACUAUCGGACUGGUUCUUCGUGACACAGGGCGUGCGACAAGGAUGUGUGCUAUCCCCACUGCUGUUCAACAUCUUCUUCGCCGAGGUCCUCGAGGUCGUUGUUAUCCGAUUCAGCGAGGAUGAUGUUUUUCUGCGGAGCCUGGUGUGCUUGGAGGAGGGGAAGACGGAAGCGGGGGGGGGAAAGGAGACACCCCUUGACCGAGUACGGAGGGCAGUAUGGGGGAUGGACUUGUAUGCCGAUGAUGCCGGCGUCGUAUCAAGGUCUGCAGCAGGACUGGCGAGAAUGAUGACCAUCAUCGUUGAGGUGUUCG